UGAGCCUCGAAAACUCCCCAUAUUCCAUCAAGUGGAAUGGGGACGCCACCCAAGACGUUAGAGGAAGACACUACACUGCACGCAGGGAUCGCUGCAGGCUGCAACGGUACGAGCCACAGGUUUGAGUCCCCAUUGAGGUUUGAGCGCCACUGUAACACAGGCUACGGGAAGACCAAUGGCGUCCCACUUCAAUAGGCGGAGCCUCUCCGACGUCCUGACCUUGGAGCGAUCGGAGCAGGGCGCGUUGGUCAUUUCCAGCAUCGACGACACUGAUGGAGCCAACCAGAGGCUGAGGGAAGGAGAUGAAAUUGUCGGGGCCACCAUCAAGUUUGACCAUCUGUCCAAGGAGGAGGUGCUGGGUGUGCUAAGGCUGAUGGAACCGUAUGAUGACAAAAUCCAAGUGCUCACAAGGAGUGACAUGAGCAAGAGCCUCGGAAAUCUGGACCAGGUCACUGUCGGUCCGGAAAUGAUGCUGCGUGAUUCUUACAGCAAACUCUUCAAUGCCAAGAUCAGGAAGUUCAUGCGUAAGGACGUGUCCGACGGUGAGGGUCUGAGAGACUUGGUGCAAACGCUCCCUCGUUCCACCAAAGUCAGGACAAAACGGGACACGGAAUUGCCUCGUCUCGGAGUGGACUUUGGGCGCCUUGAGUCGAAGACACUCAACAGACGUUUUAGCGCUGACUCUGACGUUGCCCUUUCUUCUGGAAAGUUCUCCCAGGGCGCCAAUCUCAACCUCCCUCCUCUGGGCGUGGGCUCCAGCGGCGCCCAGAUGAAAGCUGGUCGUAGAGUUCAGGUGUCAGAGCUGCUAAAUGCCAGAGGACACUCUGUGGACGGAUUCGGUGCUGACAUGAGCUCCGGAUUUGAUCUUAAUGAAGGACAUGUCAGCAGGCCGUCCUUUGACAAAUUGAAAAUGCCAGAUUACAACAUGCGUGGUCUGAGUGGGGACGCGGAAUGGAAUGUGGACAGUUAUGGAGCAUCACCCACGAUGCAUCUGGCUGGAGCUUCUCUAGAAUCCUCCAGAAUGAAUGCACCACACGUGGACUUGAACGAUCCAGGCUAUGCGCAGACUUCAGGAAAGGUCCAAAUGCCUGCAGAGCUCCUUGUCCAAACACCGACAAUGAGAGGUGACUUGAGUACGCCUGACGUUGACCCGCCCUUAGCUGAGCUCCACGGCAUCGCCGUGCCCACACCAGCAGUCCGCACCAAGAUUCCAUCUGCUAAGUACAAGGCCCCCAAGUUCACAAUGCCAAAAUUUGAUUUACCGACUGUGGAAGUUCCUAGGGUUGAGGGUCCGGACUUUGAUAUUAAUGCACCCAAAUUAAAUCUCAAAGGUCCCAACGCUGACUUAGACAUAGAUGGAAAAUUCAAAAAGCCAAACAUGAAGUUGCCUAAUUUAGAUCUGAAUGAUCCAAAGAUGGAUGGCCCUAACCUGGACCUCAAGACUCCGGGCCUAGAUCUCAGUGGUGGACUAAACGCACCAGAUCUGAAAAUGCCCAAAUUUAAGACCCCUAAACUGAACAUGCCCGAUCUUCAUGGUCCAGACCUGAAACUGAAAGCUCCAAAGGUAAAAGGUGGCUUCGACGGCCCCGACUUGGAUUUACCCAACAUGGAUCUUAAUGCUCCCAAAUUGGAUGUGAAUGCUCCAGACAUCAACAUUGGAUCACCAAAUGCCAAACUAAAUAUGCCCAAAUUUAAGAGUAAAUUUGGUCAUCCAAGCCUUAAAGGACCUAACAUUGAUGCAGACCUGGAUGGUCUAGACAUGGACAUCAAUGCACCCAAGUUAAAUGGUCCUAACUUGGACCUCAAGACUCCUGGCCUAGAUCUCAGUGGUCCUAAACUCAGUGGUGGACUAAACGCACCAGAUCUGAAAAUGCCCAAAUUUAAGACCCCAAAACUGAACAUGCCCGAUCUUCAUGGCCCAGACCUGAAACUGAAAGCUCCAAAGGUAAAAGGUGGCUUCGACGGCCCCGACUUGGAUUUACCCAACAUGGAUCUUAAUGCUCCCAAAUUGGAUCUGAAUGCUCCAGACAUCAACAUUGGAUCACCAAAAGCUAAAUUUAAAUUUCCCAAGUUGAAGUUGCCUAAAUUGAGGCGUCCGAGUCUCAAAGCGCCUGACAUUGAUGCGGACCUGGAUGGUCCAGACUUGGACAUCAACGCACCUAAAUUAGAUCUUAACGCACCUACACUAGAUCUCAAAGGUCCCAAUGCUGACUUUGAUUUUGGUGGAAAAUUGAAAAAGCCAAACUUGAAGUUGCCAAAUUUUGACCUCAGUGGUCCAAAGAUAGAUGGUCCUAACCUGGACCUCAAUACCCCUGACCUAGAUCUUAGAGGUCCUAAUCUCAGUGGCGGAAUUAACACUCCAGAUCUGAAAAUGGCCAAAUUUAAGACCCCAAAACUGGACCUCAAAGGCCCAAAGUUGGACUUGCCAUCAGUAGAUAUGCCAGAUCUUCAUGGUCCAGACCUGAAACUCAAAACUCCAAAGAUAAAAGGUGGCAUUGACGCACCCGAGUUGGAUUUACCCAGCGUGGACUAUAAAACUCCCAAGUUGGAUCUGAAUGCUCCAGACGUGAACAUUGGAUCGCCAAAGGGCAAAAUAAAUAUGCCCAAUUUAAAGCUGCCUAAAUUUGGUCGUCCAAGCCUUAAAGGACCUAACAUUGAUGCAGACCUGGAUGGUCUAGACAUCAAUGCUCCCAAAUUAAAUGGCCCCAACCUGGACCUCAACACUCCUGAUCUAGAUCUUAGAGGUCCUAAUCUCAGUGGUGGAAUAAACACACCAGACCUGAAAAUACCCAAAUUAAAGACCCCUAACAUGGACUUCAAAGGUCCAAAUUUGGACAUGCCAUCAGUAGACAUGCCAGAUCUUAAUGGUCCGGACCUGAACACGGACCUUAAAGCUCCUAAGUUGGAUCUGAAAACUCCAGACAUCAACAUUGGAUCGCCAAAAACUAAAUUUAAAUUUCCCAAGCUGAAGUUGCCUAAAUUGAGGCGUCCGAGUCUCAAAGCGCCUGACAUUGAUGCGGACCUGGAUGGUCCAGACUUGGACAUCAACGCACCUAAAUUAGAUCUGAAAGAUCCCAACAUUGACUUAGAUAUUGAUGGAAAAUUAAAAAAGCCAAAGAUUAAUUUGCCAAAGUUACAUGGUCCUAAUUUGGACCUGAAGUCCCCAGAUCUAAAAAUGCCGAAGCUGGACCUGAAAAGCCCCAAACUGGAUCUGAAUGCACCGAAGGUGGAUUUAAACAUGCCAUCAGGGAAGGUGAAAAUGCCAAAGAUCGAUCUCAAUCCUCCAGAAUGGGACGUUAAAGUUCCGUCUGCUGACAUUGGUUCUCCCAAAGCCAAACUGAAGAUACCAAAACUCAAAGGUCCGAAAGUGAACCUCCCAAGCCUGAAUGGUCUUCACAUAGACCCUCCAGACUUUGACAUCAAUGCACCAAAAAUGAACCUCAGCGAGCCAAAGGUUCCAGAUUUGGAUUUGAAAAGAAAAUACAAAAAGCCCCACCUGAGCUUACCGGACGUGGAGCUGUCCAGACUAAAGUUUAAUGGUCCAGACUUGAACAUGAAGCCACCUAAUCUUCAUGGCAAAUUGCCGAAAGGAAACGUCGACCUGAACGUCAGCGCACCAAAGGUGAAAGGGACAUUUGACACCCCCAGAGUGGACCUCCCAAACAUGGACCUCAAUGCUCCACAGCUGGACUUGAACACUCCAGAAGCACAGCUCAGAAAACCUCACAUAAGAGGGCCCAAUAUUGACCUCAGUGGAGGCCUACAUGGACCUGAGCUCCAUGCCCCAGGUGUGGACAUCAGAGGUCCAAAUUUCAAACCCAAAAUGCCAGGUUUAGACAUCGACGACAUUAAUGACAUGAGCUUUUCAGACCAUAAGAUGAAGCUCAGAGCUCCGGAUCUCGAUGUAGACGACACUUCUCUGAACUUCAAGAAGUCUUUAGUUGGAAGUUCAGCUAUCAAGCUGCCUGGUCUGGACCUGGACCAGGACUUCUCACAUCCUCACAUGAAGGGCAGGUCCAGCUUGGUCGCUUUAGAUGACAUUGACUUCACCCGCUCAGACCUUAACAUAGAUGACUUCACAGGGAAGCACCAUGUUCCCAGGAGCAGAGGAUCCAAACUGGACGUCCAGCUAUCGGCGCCCUCUGGUGUUAGCAAUGACCUGAGGACGCCUGCACGCAGUGGACUCCAGCUGGACGCACACACCUUAAAUGACGCUCGCGUGUCUUCUUCUAAGUCUUCCCAAAUAAGAGCUCCUGACACGUCCGCUGAAUACUUAGUUACUUCUUUCCCAACACAGGUGCAAAGUCCAAACACAGUGACCCACAAAUACAGCGCUUUUGGGGGGCUGCACUUUGAUUCACGUGACGUCAGUCUGGACGUUCCUGAUCAAAACAAUGUAAAUGGCUCGACCUUCCUUUUCUCCAACCUGGUUUAGGCCUCCUACGCCAGCUGUAGGAUGGAUGACGUGUGUGGCUGUAGUUCACCACUAAAGAACAAAAAAUACUUUCUCAUUUGAUUUCUACUGUGCAAUAUUUCUUUUGUGUACAGUCACUUUCUUCCAGCUCCAAGUCCGGGAAGUAAAUGCUAAAAUGUGUGUACAUUGCUGUUCCAACACUUGUAUAUAGAACACGUGUAUGUAUAUUUAUAUAAUGACAUGUCAAAUUUUAUGCAGAUUAUUAAAAUGUUUACU